CUUCUUCCUUUCUUCUUUUUCUUUUUCUUUCUUCCUCUUCUUUCUUCCUUUUCUUCCUCUAUAUCUGCUGGGUUCCGGUGGAACCCAGCAGAUAUGGGUUCACCGAACCCAGCAGAUCUGGGUUCGGUGGAACCCAAGUUGCUGGGUUCCCGUGGAACCCAGCAAACUGGGUUCGAGGAACCCAGAUCUGCUGGGUUCCACGGGAACCCAGUUGGCUGGGUUCCCGUGGAACCCCGUGGGCUGGGUUCAGGGAUUCGAUUCUUUCAUUGUCUGGCUCAUAACAACUCUCCCCUUUUAGUCGUCGGCUCUUCUUCAUCCCGAGUCUCUCCGACAAUACAAUCGCAUCUAUCCAUCUCUGACUUCUCAUCUUCUCUUGCGUUUGCAGGGGUCGAUCUUGCUGUUGUUCGUUGCUCGGCUUUUCUCUUAUCGACAAUGACUCAUAUCCUUUAAUCUGUUCUUUUUUCAAUCUGGGUUUCGCUGAUUAUUGUUUGAUUCUCAAUUUUGUAGUUUUUUAUUUGCCGAUUGUUAUGCUUUCUUGUUUGUUCUUAACCUGAUGCUCACGCGGUAAUCAGAGAGAAAAAGAUCGUGAGAGGGCUCAGGCGAGAGCAGGCAGCAGCAAGGCUAAGCAGUCGAAGAGCGAUGGUUUGACUCCUGAACAACGCCGUGAAAGAGAUGCGAAGGCGCUUCAGGAAAAGGCCGCGAAGAAGGCGGCCCAGGAAGAGGGAGGGAAAGAUGCUGGAGGAAGUAAAAACAAGAAAUAAUAUUGGAGGGAAUAAUGGAAGAAGGUAGUGUUAUAUGUCAAUUGGGACUGUUUGUACUUGGUUCAGAUCUGGGUUUCUUUUGCUUUUCAAAGUCGUGUCUAUGUCUUCCCUACCUAAACAAGCAGUUUGCUGUAUGGUUUCUUAGCAUUGAUGUUGGCUUUUGAAUUGAUAUCUGAUUUGGAUUCGAAUGCAUUUCCUAUAAACCAUUUUUGCAUUUGAUGCUUUGUGUAUUUGUUCCUUUUGUUUUCCUUUUGUAUUAUAUCGUUUUAAUUUUUUGUUAACUUGUCAGUGGGCAAGGUUGAAGGUAGUGUUUUUUCCUAUGCAUGACUGGUGUCUAGACCCAAAGAGCUGUGUGGAUUGUGUGUUUUUCUUUAGAUGUCUUUGGCCAUGUGUCCUUGUGAUUUGUAGGCUUGCAGUUGUGUUUGCAAUGGUGAUUUCUGUGUUGAGGUAAGCAACUUACAUUGUUUGUAAAUAUGUAGAAGAGUUGGAGCAUCCCUGGUAGUCCCAUUAAUAGAAAAUUUGUUUUUGC